AUGUCUUCAGCCGCGUGCAUUUUCUGCAAGAUCAUCAAGGGCGAGAUCCCUUGCUUCAAGCUCUUCGAAAGCGACAAGACUUUAGCGUUCCUGGACAUCCAGCCCUUGAGCCGAGGCCAUGCCCUCGUGAUUCCCAAGCACCACGGUGCCAAGCUCCUCGAUAUCCCAGAUGACCACCUCAGCGAGAUCUUGCCCGUGGUCAAGAAGCUGGCCAAGGCUUCAGGCGCAAACGACUACAACCUGCUACAAAACAACGGACGCAUUGCCCACCAGGUUGUCGACCAUGUGCACUUCCACAUAAUUCCCAAGCCCAAUGAAACAGAAGGUUUGGGCAUUGGCUGGCCGCAGCAGCAGACGGACAUGGAUAAGCUGAAGGCACUGUUCGAGGAGCUCAAGGCAAAGGUGUAA